AUGAAGCCGACAAUUAUUGCUGUCAGCAGCCUACUGGCUGGAUCUGCCACAGCAGGUGCGUCUUGCAAGCCAGUCUCUUUCUCGGUGCCAGUCAAGGCCGAGAACCUCGUCAUCAAUCCCUCCCCAGACCCCAACAACGCCACUGAUAUACGGAACUACCUUCUUGCAAAUAUCCAGACUGGUGCGCCCGCUACUGGAACGGCUAUUAUUAGCGACACAUAUACCAUCAAGGCAACAUUCUGCGAGCCCCCAGCUGGAGUCAAGCACAAAGGUGUGCUGCAGUUCCUUGUUCACGGAGCGACGUACAACAAAAGUCUCUGGGAUGGCCUAGGCUUCGGUCAGGACACUUAUGACUGGCAGCUCUUUGCCACCUCACGCGGCUACCACACCCUAGCCAUCGACCGCCUGGGUCACGGCGAGAACCCCCAGCAUCCAGAGCCCUUGGCCAUCGUCCAGGGGCAAAUCCAGAUCGAGCUUAUGCACAACAUUGUCAAGGGCCUCAAAGAUGGUUCCUUCUCUAGUGUUCCUGGAGGAAAAUACCAUCGUAUCGCCUGGGUCGGACACUCCUAUGGCUCCUUGACUGCAAGUCAUCUUGCCGCAGAAUAUCCUUCUGCUGUCGACGCCUUCGUUCUUACCGGGUUUUCGAGCAAUCUAUCUUUCCCUCUGGCAACAUUGAAUGACCUCCAGUCGGCCGCUGUUACCUCACCCCGCUUCAAGGAUCUCCCGCUCGGCUACGUUACCUCAACCACAGCAGCUGGACGUAUCGCGGGUUUCUUCGCCGGCGGCUUCGAUCCCGCCAUGGGACAGUGGGACUUUGAACACCGAGACGCAGUCACGCUCGGAGAGUUCUUGACGCCUGCUAUCCUACCAGCAUCCCACACGCCUUACACUGGCCCAGUGCUCGUUGUAACGGGCGACCAAGACGGUAUUUUCUGUCCCAGCGGCGUGGCCGAAUGCCCUGCCACACUUGCUAAGACGGGAACGGACGUGUUCCCCAAGUCUUCGCGCUACGAUUUCUUUGUUGUGCCCGACGCAGGACACUGCCUCAGCCUACACUACACAGCUCCUGUAGCCUUUAAGACUACCCAUGACUGGUUGGACAAGGUGUUUGCCAAUUACUCCUGA